GUUAAGGGAAAUUUAUGCAAGUUUCACAUGUUCCCAUCCGUCGUUCUCUAUAAAACAACACUAAAUGUAAGAGCUACGCCACUUCGUGCUCCUAUUUUCAUCGCGUCACCAACUUGGCCAGUAGGGGAAUCUGUUCGACUCAACUGCCAAAUCUUGUAUUCUUCUUCCGAUGUUUCCCGGCAACGACUAUACUGCGUCGUCAUUGAUGACAGAUUUUCUUCGAGAUUCCGGUGGUGUUGCCGUGAUAGACGGUGGCCUGGCGACGGAACUCGAACGCCACGGUGCUGACCUCAACGACCCUCUCUGGAGUGCCAAAUGCCUCCUCACUUCUCCUCAUCUCAUUCGUACGGUACACCUUGAUUAUCUUGAAGCUGGUGCGGAUAUAAUAAUCACCGCCUCUUACCAGGCAACCAUUCAAGGGUUCCAGGCCAAAGGCUUCUCUCAUGAAGAAAGUGAAGGCUUGCUUAAGAAAAGUGUGGAAGUUGCCUGUGAGACACGGGAUAUAUACUAUGACAGAUGUCAUCAACCUUCUCAUGAUCAUGCUGACGAUGGUAGAGUUCUCAAACAACGACCUAUCUUAGUUGCAGCGUCUGUGGGAAGUUAUGGGGCCUAUUUAGCUGAUGGUUCUGAAUACAGUGGGGACUAUGGAGAUGCAAUGAAUCUGGAGUUUUUAAAAGGUUUUCACCAAAGAAGGGUUCAGAUUCUAGCAGAAUCUGGUGCUGAUCUACUAGCUUUCGAAACAGUGCCCAAUAAGCUUGAGGCUCAGGCUUUUGCUCAGCUUCUUGAGGAAGAAGACAUAAAGAUUCCUGCAUGGUUUUCCUUCAACUCUAAGGAUGGUGUUAAUGUGGUCAGUGGAGAUUCUUUUCUUGAAUGUGCAGCAAUUGCUGAGUCAUGCAAAAAAGUUGUAGCUGUAGGAAUCAACUGCACCCCUCCUAGAUUUAUCCAUGGCCUGAUUUUAUCUAUUAAGAAGGUGACAAAUAAACCUAUUGUUAUUUACCCAAACAGUGGUGAGAGUUAUGAUGCUGAUCGAAAGGAGUGGGUGCAAAAUAGUGGGGUUUCAGAUGAAGAUUUUGUUUCAUACGUGAACAAAUGGUGCGAGGUAGGAGCAUCCCUUGUAGGAGGUUGCUGCAGAACUACUCCCCAUACCAUUAGAGCGAUUUAUAGGACUCUCUCCAAUAGAUCUGCUGCUCUACCUUUGGAUGGCCGCACUGAAUAGCUUUAAAUGGAGAGAGAUCUUUAGUGGUUGAUUGCUUGAAGCUACUGACAGGGUUUUUUGAAUUUCAACAUUUUCUUGUAAUUACAAAUGGUGAUUGGAGAGCCUGAUGCACCACUGUGAAUGAAGGUUUUGAUCGACUCACUGUUUUUUGGGCUCGGUAACUAUUCGACAAGCACGUUAUGGGAGGCUUAUUGUUAUCAUAUUUACAGGGUUAAUAUUUUGCCAUUAAGAUGUUUGGAAGAUUAUUAUGUAUUGCACUUUUUUUUUAUUCCAAGAGUUGUUUUA